AUGAGCUCUAUUGUCUUCGCCAGAUUUUCCCGCAAUCGAUUGCCAAAAAGCCGCCCGUGUCGUCGAUGUUUGUCGUCAUCUACAGACGACAACUUCUCGGGAUCUUCGCAACGGAAAGACGGUCGUCGUCCUACAUCGAAGUCUUCUUCUCGAGGUGAAAAAUUGGAGACUGUCCCCACAGAGCCAGUUCUAUCUUCACUGAGCGAGUUCAUGAAAGAGCACGCCAAACAAUCCAGUAGACGUGAUGUGGUCGAUUAUGAUCUUACAUCGCUCAUUGCGUCUUUGUCCAAGCGAAACAAAAAGGAAUUCUCCGAAGAAAAGAAUUCCCUUUCUGCCUAUGGUGACGACUCAAAAAGGAUAAAGAGACGUGAUGUAUCCGCCUCGUCGGGAAAACCGAACGAAAAGUUGCUCUUUGAAGUUUUCAAAAUCCCUGAUGCUCCUGCUGCACGAAGCGAAACAGCAUUCGAAGAAGGAUCGUUUCGACAGUAUUCAGAAAUACUGGAGUCCAUUAUUGCAGACGAUCCAAAAUUCAUGCGCAGGCACACUGCAAAACCUAUCGCAGAUGAGGUAGCGGAGCCGCUUAUCGUUUAUUUGCGUUCGGAGGAGCCCGAAGUGGAAGUUGGGCUUCCUACUUUUAAGCAUGCUUUGAAGGAAGGCAUCAGUGUAAGGGAUACCAAUGAUAUGAAAACCCAGAAGCUCGUCUUUAUGGAGAAGCUCGGUGUGUCUGAUGCACAGCAUAGACUCAUAGAGGGGACACUCAUACAAAUCAGUAACCGAUGCGCGAAGGAAGCCCGUGGCCUUCCGUUGGAAGUGAUAUGGGCAAAAGUGAAGGAGGCGGGAUUCAUAAGCCAGCGCCUCCUCCAAAAUCUUCUUUACAUCUCGUCAACAUUUGCAACGGGCAGUCGCCAAAAGCACAUUACGUAUGGAAGGUUGACUGGAACUUCUACCAUUUUGGAUGUUCUUUCUGCAAGUGAAAGCUCUCACUCUUCGGAUGGUGUUGAUGAAGAGGACAACGUUGAGGAGAUGCUUGACCUUGCAGACGAGAUUGCCGUGUAUCACGAUCUACUUUAUGAACCAACGGAGCAGAGUAUUCUGACUAGAGUGCGAUUGCUUGUUGCCCAAGGGCAUGCAAAAGCGGCCGAGAAUCUUCUUGUUGAACACGACUGCGGCUUUCGACUGCGAGCUUAUUCUCCUGUCUUAAGACUGCAUAUGGAGCAAGGCAAUGCCAAAGCAGUUAUGCAUCUGUAUAGACGCAUGAAAAGGCUGCCUCUUGUACAUUUUGAGGCCGAAACUUAUGUGCAUUUGAUUGCUGGUCUGGCAGAGCUAGGUUAUUUCCAAUUGCAGUCCGAUCCCAUUGACGGUAUCGAAAAGCUAGGCUUUGUCAACGGGGCGGGCCCAGGUCUUUUCGAUGAGCUACUUACUGAAAUGGCAGAAGACAUACUUGAGCUCACAUCUCAACAUGCAAAGCGGUUAAACAAUGCUCUCGCAAAAGGCUUCCCUGAAUCUAGCCUAGAAGUGACAAGUUCGCUUGGAUCAGUCUUGCAGACGUCCGUAGCUGCGGGAGAGGAUGACUUUAUAGCUAGCCGUGUGCAUAUAGAUCAAUCCAGUGGACAUUGCCCGGUUUCUGGCGUCAAGCUCCGUUUGAUGAGCCUGGAACCCGAACAGGCUAAAGCAUUUAAGCAGAAUAUUCUUGAUAUGGCGACAUCGGAACAGGACAGGUACGAACUAAAGUCCAAGCAAAAGAGAGCCCAAAGAUCAGAUUUCAUUCUUAAUGAAUUUAUGAAGUGGUUGGAUACGAGGGCGGGUGAUCCCUUUACGGCCAUUCUUGAUGGCCCUAACAUAGGGUAUUACAUGCAGAACUUCGAAGGUGGGCGAUUUUCUUAUCACCAACUGAAGUUUGUGGUUGACUCGUUGGAAUCAAUGAAUGAAAAGCCCCUCGUUAUUUUGCCCCGGAAGUAUGCCAAUGACCGAAUUCAUCUAACCAUCGGCGGUGUAAUGCAAACUCUGAAGAAGGAGGAGCUUCAAAUCCGGAAUUACCUGAUAAAAACGGGUCGAGUGUAUUUAGUCCCCCCCGGACAUUUGGACGACUACUUUUGGAUGUUAUCAAGCCUCUCCACGCAAACGACAGCAAGGAACGGCCGGGAUCUGUCGGUCUUACCAGGAGAUCCGGGCGGUAGAUGGCCCGGGGCGAGACCGAUGCUGAUUUCAAAUGACCAGAUGCGCGACCAUAAGCUUGACUUACUGGAACCAAAGCUCUUUCGGCGCUGGUACAGCAACUUCAUGGUUCACUACAAUUUUGCAGCCUUCGUCGGUGGCCAGUGCUCCCAUCCAGACAUUGGAUUUAACCCUGCUGAUUUCUUUAGCCGCGAAAUACAAAUGAACCAAAGAGUCGGUGGAGCUAGUUGCUGGCACUUCCCCUUAACGGAUUUCGAAAAUGAGUGGUUUUGCAUAUCAAUACCAAAAGUGAUUCCCGAAAAAGCAAAAUGA